AUGACGUCGCACAAUGGCCGGCCCCCGCGGGUAGUGGAGCCCGUUUGUUCCGCCCGCGUCGCGCCUGAAGCCGGAGCCUGUGAGGAGCGGAAGGGCCGAGGGACGUCUUCCCCGCGCCGCCCCGACGCCAGCGGAGCCGUGGCCCCCUCCCCGCCCUCGCGCUGAGGAUCCCGAAGGAUGCCGAGUCCUUUGGAUAAACUAACUGUAGCUAUCAUGCUGGGAGAGCCUAAGACUUCACUUCCAGCCUUGCUUCUGCUAAAAGUUAAGUUUUCUCGAAUACUUUAUGACAGCGCGUUUGUUGUGUAGAGUGGUUGAUCGUUUUAAGAGAGCUCUGUUCAGCAAGCUCUUUUGCAAGAGUAGGUCAGUGUUCGAUCCGUUUGGGGAAAAUGGAAGAAGAGAGUGUUUGGCAUCUGUAGUACUUCCUGGGGGCAGAGCACUGUCUCAUCGUUUCUUCUUUGAGACUCACCUCUCUCCUAUUGCUCGUGGAGUGGAGUUGGAGUCUUUGCCUGAGGAUUUUACAGUCUGAGCACGUGUGUGUGUGUCCCAAAGGCUGGAACUCCUCUCUGGUUUUGGGUGGGGAAUUCCCAAAUGUUCUAAGAAAGCUUUGUGGAAUCAUUCCAGAGAGCCAGCAGGUAAGCUGUGACCUUGCUUAUGUAUAAGAAGGUUUUUUGCUUUUUCACAGCUACAGAUCAUCAUCCCAAGCAUUUAUCGAGCAUCGUCUGCCAAAGGCAGUGUGCAGUGGAAACACAGUGAUGGACACUUGUCAUUCAGUUCUCUGGGCAAGUUCACCAUCUUGUGGGUCAAAGAACCGAAGAGGUAGUUCUAAACUUCGCCAAGAAUCCUCAAUUACAAGGUGAUUGUGUGAGAAGAACAACUGAGUAAAAACUCUGAACCGGGAGUUGGUGAAGAUGUGACACAAGAGGACCCUUCAUGGCAUUGUCUGCAUUUGAUAGGCUGCAUGUUCUUCCUAGCACCUGACCUAAAGUGUGCACCCAGGUGGUUGCCAAAUUGAAUUCAUCUCAAAACAGGACGUAGAUGCCCAGUGAGACCAUGAACCUGCCCAGCCCAGGGCCUGGAACACAAACCAUCUUCUGACCCCCAGUGACACUUCUCUUCUGUGCAGCAAGGUGAAGAGACAGACUGAGGUGUGGCAAGUGUACGUAGUUGGCCCAGGAUCCUGAAGCUAGGAAGCGGAGGGGCUGGGGUUCAGCUCUAACGCAGAGCCCACACUGUUGCACUGUCUCUGUGCCCCAUAAAACUGCAGCACACCAAGGGGAAAACUGCCCACUGGCCUGGCCCACUUUUUGCAUUGGUUCAGAACUGUGGGUACCGAUGGAUGUGGCCGAGAGCCCUGAACGGGACCCUCGCUCUCCGGAGGACGAAGAAGAGGAGCAGCAGGGGCUCUCGGACGAUGACAUUCUGAGGGAGAGUGGGUCUGAUCAGGAUUUAGACGGAGCUGGGGGGAGGGCUUCUGAUUUGGAGGAUGAAGACAAUGCCGCCCCGGGACUGAGCCAGGAGGAGGAGGAGAGUCACUCUGACGAGGAGGGUCAGGACCAGGAGUCCGAGGCUCAAGAUCUGAGCAGGGGCCCCACGAGCCCCCCACACGUGGAGGAGGGGGACGGAGGGGAGGAAGAGCACACGAGCGACCUGAGGGACGAAGCCUCGUCAGUCACCAGGGACCUGGAUGAGCAUGAGUUAGACUAUGAUGAGGAGGUCCCCGAGGAGCCAGCCCCCGCCGGGCAGGAGGACGAGACCGAGAAGGCCGGUGCCGAGGAUGAUGAGGAGAAGGGGGAAGGAGCUCCUGGGGACGGGGGCGCUGCAGGCAUUCACAGUGUGGAAGACAAGGAGCCCCUGGAGACCGCCAAGGAGAAAACCAAGGAGGAGGAUGAUGGGGAGCUCGACGACGGGGAGCUUGACGAUGAUGAUCUGGAGGAGGGCGAAGUAAAGGACCCCAGUGACAGGAAGGUGAGGCCGCGACCCACCUGCCGAUUCUUCAUGAAAGAUGUGACAGCCUUAUCCACUCCUCUUCCACCAAUAUCACAUUCCAUACCAUUCAGAGGCCAGGUUCAAGGGAACUGCACGUGGGGAAUGAACUGUAGGUUUAUACAUCCCGGAGUCAACGACAAGGGCAACUAUUCCUUGAUCACCAAAGCUGAGCCUUUCCCGCCUAAUGGUGCCCCGCCUCUUGGACCUCACCCACUGAUGCCUGCCAACCCUUGGGGUGGGCCAGUAGUUGAUGAAAUUUUGCCUCCACCCCCUCCAGAGCCCCCCACAGAGAGUGCCUGGGAACGAGGACUCCGGCACGCGAAGGAGGUUUUAAAAAAAGCAACCAUUCGAAAAGAACAGGAGCCUGAUUUUGAAGAGAAAAGGUUUACGGUGACCAUUGGUGAAGAUGAACGGGAGUUUGACAAGGAGAAUGAAGUUUUCCGGGAUUGGAAUUACCGGAUCACCAGAGAUGUCCGAGACACAGUACUAGAGCCUUACGCAGACCCGUAUUACGACUAUGAAAUCGAGCGUUUCUGGCGUGGCGGGCAGUACGAGAACUUCCGGGUGCAGUAUACAGAGACGGAGCCGUACCAUAAUUACCGGGACCGGGAGCGCGAGCGGGAGCGGGAGAACCGACAGCGGGAGCGCGAGCGGGAGCGCGAGCGGGACCGAGAGCGGGAGCGCCGGCAGCGGGAGCGGGAGCGGGAACGCGAGCGGGAGCGUGACAAAGAGCGGCAGCGGAGGAAAGAGGAGUGGGAGAGAGAGCGAGCCAAGCGGGAUGAGAAGGACCGACAGCACAGAGACCGCGACCGGGAGAAGGAGCGGGAGAAGGAGAAAGAGAAGCCGAAGCCCCGCUCCCCACAGCCGCCAAGCCGUCAAGCUGAGCCACCAAAGAAGGAGGCCGCCGCUGCAGGCCCGCAGGUGAAGCGAGCAGACGAGUGGAAGGACCCUUGGCGCCGGUCCAAGUCUCCCAAGAAGAAACUCGGGGUGUCUGUCUCCCCUAGCCGGGCACGAAGGCGUCGGAAAACAUCAGCCUCUUCGGCCUCUGCCUCCAAUUCCUCCAGGUCCUCGUCGCGGUCGUCGUCGUACUCCGGCUCCGGCUCCUCCCGCUCCCGCUCCCGCUCCUCCUCCUACAGCUCUUACUCCAGCCGCUCCUCCAGACACAGCUCGUUCUCAGGCAGCCGGUCCAGGUCCCGGUCCUUUUCCUCGUCCCCCUCCCCGUCUCCCACGCCUUCCCCACACAGACCUUCUGUUAGAACCAAGGGGGAGCCGGCUCCACCUCCUGGGAAAGCAGGAGAGAAGUCUGUGAAGAAGCCAGCCCCACCUCCAGCCCCACCACAGGCCCCCAAAACCACUGCUCCAGCCCCCGAGCCCGCCAAGCCAGGAGACCCUCGGGAAGCCCGGAGGAGGGAGCGGCAAGCUAGGACCCCCCCCAGGAGGCGGACCGUCAGCGGCAGCGGCAGCGGCAGCAGCUACAGCGGCUCCAGCUCCAGAUCCAGGUCCCUGAGCGUGAGCAGCGUCUCCUCGGUGUCCAGCGCCACGUCGAGUAGUAGCUCGGUGCACAGCGUGGACUCAGACGACAUGUACGCAGACCUGGCCAGCCCCGUGUCCUCAGCAAGUUCGCGGUCCCCCACCCCAGCCCAGACCAAGAAGGAGAAAGGAAAGUCUAAAAAAGAAGAUGGGCUUAAAGAAGACAAGCGGAAAAGGGACGCGUCCGCACAGCUGCCCAAGUCCUCAAAGCCUUGUGCUGGAGGUAAAGCCCAGCAGCCCACAGCCCCCCAGCAGGGGCCCCCCGGGCAGCCCCAGCAGGGCACGUUCGUCACCCAUAAGGAGAUCAAGCUGACGCUCUUGAACAAGGCGGCCGAGAAAGGAAGCAGGAAGCGUUACGAACCCUCGGACAAAGACAGGCAGAGCCCUCCUCCGGCCAAGCGGGCUAACUUAUCCCCAGACCGAGGUUCUCGGGACCGGAAGUCAGGCGGGAGACUCGGCUCCCCGAAGCCAGAGCGGCAGAGAGGCCAGAAUUCUAAGGUGCCCGUGGCCCCGCCGGAUAGGAAACGCCAGUUGUCUCCCCAGUCCAAGAGUUCCAGUAAGGUCACAAGUGUGCCCGGCAAAGCCUCGGAGGCCGGCACUGCCAGCACCAUCUCCGGCGGCACCAAAUCAGGGAAGGCCAGCACACUGUCGCGGCGCGAGGAGCUCCUGAAGCAGCUCAAAGCCGUGGAGGACGCCAUCGCGCGCAAGCGGGCCAAGAUCCCCGGGAAGGUGUAGGGGCCCCACGGGCCCGGCCCCCGCCGCAGUGAGAGACUCUCGUGUUUUUAUAACUAGCGUGAGCACAGCCGUCUUGGAUUUUGAAGUUAAUGUCUUAUUUUGGCUGUGAAUCUUUUUAAAAAUUAAAAAAGAAAAAAAAAGUUUCUCAGCUGGAAAAGAAGCCACACACGAUGAAGAUGAUGUUGAAUCCCAAUCUCCUCCCGACCAGACCAGACUGAACCAGCCCCAUCCCAGAGCAGAAGUCCCGCCAGACAGGCAGGCAGGCCGGCCGGCGGCAGGAGCGAGGACGCGGCACCAGUUUUAUGUAAAUGAUCAGCCCCGGGUGCCCAGUUCCGCCUGCCCGCCUUUCCUCCCCGCUGCCAGCCAGCCUGCCCUGCGUCCUGGCCUCCGCACGCGCUCCUUCCCGGCCCGGGAGCGCCCCAUGCUCCUGAGCAGCCGCCUCCCCACCCCUGCCCGGCCCCAGGGUCAAAAAAUAGAUAUAUAUUCUUGACUGAAGUCCGAUUGGGAAAUAUUUCCUGUCUUUUAUUUUAAGCAUCAGAUUGUUUUAGUUGAUUUAAAAAGGAAAAAAAAAAUACAGAAAAAGACCAAAAAAAAAAAAAAAGGCUGAGGGUGUUGUUGGGCGUCUGUGUAAUGUGGAGGGUCUUUUUUUGAGGGAUCUCCUAAAAUAAAGUAUUUUGAUAAGCAGC